AUGGCUCGAACCAGGUGUACAGCUCGUAACUCCACUGGAAGGAAGACUCCUACCAAGAACCUUAGGGCUUUCUAUGCCGCCGCUCGUAAAACGGCUCCAGCAACUGGAGGAGUCAACCGCAAAAAUAAAAAGAAAAAAAACUGGAGGAGUCAAGAAGUCCCGCAGAUAUCGCCCUGGAACUGUUGCUCUUCGUGCUCUUGUAGCGAAAUUCGCAAGUAUCAGAAGGGCAGCGAGUUGCUCAUAAGGAAGCUACCUUUUCAAAGGCUCGUCAGGGAGAUCGCUCAAGUUUUCAAGAUUGAUCUGCGUUUCCAGAGCCAUGCAGUGCUUGCUUUGCAGGAGGCAGCUGAAGCAUACCUUGUGGGACUAUUUGAGGACACCAAUCUAUGUGCCGUCCAUGCGAAGCACGUGACUAUUAUGUCCAAAGAUGUUCAUCUGGCUAGGAGGAUCCGUGGCGAGAGGAUGUAA